AUGGAGAACAAAGAGAAGCUUGCAUGGGAUUUGAUUGAAGAGAUACUCUCUCGUGUCUCUCCUAAAUCUCUCGUCCGCUUCAGAAUUGUAUCUAAACAAUGGAACGCUCUUAUCAACGACAAGACGUUCAUCAACAGCCACAAGAAGACGUUUCGAUUCAUCUUAACAACCAAAUCCAAGAUUUAUUCGGCGAGCAUCGAUCCGAAGAUAGAGGUGCGUGAGUUGACUUUAGAUAUUCCAGGUUUAGAAUCUCAGGAACCUAAAAAACUGAUAGAUUGCAAUGGGUUCUUGCUUUGUGUCAUGGAUAAAGGAGCCGUGGUUUGGAACCCUUGGUUAAGACAGACUAGAUGGAUCGAGCCCGAGGUUAACCAACCUAAUUUACAAUUCAAUGGCAUAGGUUAUGAUAAACAUAAUGGUUACAAGACCUUUGCGUCUUAUCGAAAGGAGUUAGAUCCAACCAAGACAUUUUGGAAAUUCCAUGACCUUUCCUCAGAUGCAUGGAAGGACCAAUCUGAUGGUAGUAGUACUCAGGAAGGAGAACGAUGUACUUUUCUCACUUCAAGUGGUGUGACGUUGGAUGGAACUUUGUAUUGGGUUGGUUCUUUUGCGAAAACCCAAUACUUAUACUUGUUCUUCCUACUUCUCCUUGAUUCUUCGACGGACAAAUUCUACAAAUUUUGUGAUCUACCAUGUUUAGAGAAUCAUAAUCAUGAUGCUAUUGUUCUUCAGGUUUUUAGGGGAGAAAGGUUUUCUUUGUUAAAGCAGUGUAGUCUAACAAAGAAGAUUGAGAUUUGGGUGACCAAGAACAAGAUUCAUAAAUGGGGUGGUAGAGAUGUGGAAUGGAUGAGUUUCAUGGAAGUGUCAAUUCCUAGCUUGCCGGAUUUAGUACAGGCUGGAUCCUACUCUCAGCCAAGUUACUUCAUUGACGACAAAAGGCUUGUCGUGUGUUCUUGCGAUGAAACUGGUUGGGCUUGAAUCUAUGUUGUGGGGGAUAAUAAGUUGAUCAGUAAAACCAAAAUAGAUCUUGUGGUUGAUCCUUGGCCUUUGCAUUGUACCUUUUUCCCCAGUUUGGUCUCGGUUCCUCAAUGUCAAAGAGAAUAAGCAGAACUGCAAGUUUAA